AUGCUGGAUCUGUUGGCACAGUGCGUCUUUCUGUGCGCUCUGCUCGGCUCCGUGUACGCGUCGUCGUGUCCGCCGCGCUGCGAGUGCUCCGAGGCGGCUCACACCGUCAAGUGCGUCUCCAGAGAGCUGCGGAGCGUCCCCGCCGGGAUCCCCGGGUACACCAGGAACCUGUUCAUCACCGGGAAUCUCAUCGGUCGGAUCGGUCCGGAGUCGUUCAGAGGGCUGGAGAAUGUGACCAACCUGUCUCUGAGCAAUAACAGAAUUUCCGAGGUGGAAUCCCUAACCUUCGCCGGGCUCCGCAGCCUCCGCUCCCUGGAUCUGAGCAACAACCAGCUGUCAGUGAUUCACCCCGAGGCCUUCAGGGUGCAGAACCAGUCUCUGCGGGAGCUGAACCUGAGCCGAGCCCUCUACAACCACUCGUCGGUGAUGGACUUGUCCACGUCUCUCCGCUGGAGCUCCCUGGGGAACCUGAAGAAACUGGACCUUUCUCACAACGGCCUCAUCUAUCUCCCCUCGCGGAUCUUCUCCCACCUGAGCAACCUGCUGCGGCUCCAGCUCACCAACAACUCCCUGGUGGCCAUCCACAACGCCACCUUCUCGGGUUUGGAGCGUCUGGAGGAGCUGGACCUGACCCUCAACGCCCUCAAGACGGUGCCCGAGGAGGGUCUCCGAGAGCUGGACUCCCUGUCCGGAGCGGACCUUCUGCUGGGGGAAAACCCGUUCACGUGUUCGUGCGGAAUCGAACCUUUCGCUCUGUGGCUCAACAGAUCGCAGGGACGCAUUAGCGAUGCCGAGGACCUUGUGUGCGCUUUCCCCGCCAGCAUGAGGAACACGUCCAUGCUCGCUGUGGGCUCGUUGACUCUGGGAUGCCACCAGUGGGGUGCAGGGGCCGACCUCGCUCUGCAGACCUCCUACGUCUUCUUGGGCGUCGUCCUGGGCUUCAUAGGCCUCGUCUUCCUUUUUGUACUUUAUCUCAACCGCAGGGGCAUCAAGAAGCGCAUCAACGACAUGCGGGACGCCUGCACGGAGGUGCUGGAGGGCUACCACUACCGCUUCGAGAUCGACUCUGACCCCAGGUUAUCACAGGUCUCCUCGAGCGCUGACGUGUGA